UGAGUUGCUCCUCCUCCCUCCUUCGUGUCCAGCCAGAUCUUUCUUUACCAGACCUGACCUCACCUGACCUGUUCGCCGUGGCCCUUUCUCCGUCCCCUUCAGUCCCCAUCACCAUCCCCUGCCCCGUCUGACGAGUUCCUGCUCCUGCUCUUCCUCCCUCCCUCGCAGGCUCGCUAGCCUCGGCCUCGGCCUGCGCUUCCGUUGGUUCCUUGCUUGCUUCCCCCUGCUUCCGUCAUCUGCUCGUGCAUUUCACGUGCUUCGGGGUUCUGUCGCUGGAAGGAAGCAACGAUCCAUCGCUGCCCCCCUAAUCAACUUCCCCCUUCCAAUUACAGAAAUCUCUAGUUCUGUCAUGCGUCUUUGAGACUGCUCUGGCCCUUGGGUUUGUCUCGGAGUUGCGGCCGAUUUGUAGCCGGGCAAGGAGUUUCCUUCGUGGAGGAGUUCGUUUUCUAAGUUUUGUAGAAUACAAGGCUGUGUGAUUUGUGAACCUUGUGAUAUAGGGUUUGGGAUUCGGAUUUUGGAGCCGGAUUGUUGGAUUUGGAAUUGGGCUUGUUGAUUAAGGUGUUUUGGUUAGGGUUCCUCGAGGGGAGAACUGGAAACUUGACCGCAGGUUGGAAUUUGGAAUUGGGUAUAAAACAGGGUGGCGGUGCAGGGAUGUUUCCCAGAUUGUGGUGUUUGUGAGAAAGGAUGUCGAGUGGAGCUGGCGAGGAAGCGGAUGGUGCGUAAAUGGCUAGAAUGUUUGAUGAGGUUUGGAUGCGAGGCGUCAAUACUUGAGAGACUGGAAGUAGCACUUUAUUUUUUCUGCGUUCAUUCGGAGGUUGGCGCGUGUAUGAGAGCACAAUGAGAGCUGCGGAAACGUGCUACUCUUGGGAAAAGGCCGGAUUUGGGGCCUCGUUCAGAUCUUCUCACUAUGUCACGUCAUGGAGCCUCUCACUUUCACAAAUCUAAAACCCUCAAUGAUAAAUAUUUGCUGGGAGAUGAAAUCGGUAAAGGGGCAUAUGGCCGAGUGUACAAGGGAUUGGAUUUGGACAAUGGAGAUUUUGUGGCGAUCAAACAGGUUUCGCUGGAGAAUAUCCCGUCCGAAGAUCUGGCCAGCAUUAUGUCAGAGAUUGAUCUUUUAAAGAACCUGAAUCAUAGGAAUAUAGUCAAGUAUCAAGGUUCCUUCAAGACCAAAACACAUCUCUACAUUAUUCUCGAGUUUGUGGAAAAUGGAUCUCUGGCUAGCAUAAUUAAACCAAACAAAUUUGGAGCGUUUCCAGAAUCUUUGGUCGCUGUGUACAUUGCCCAGGUCCUGGAAGGACUAGUAUAUCUUCACGAACAAGGUGUCAUUCACCGUGAUAUUAAGGGCGCUAACAUUCUUACGACCAAAGAGGGAUUGGUGAAGCUUGCUGAUUUUGGAGUUGCAACAAAGCUGACUGAAGCUGAUAUCAAUACACAUUCUGUUGUCGGAACGCCCUAUUGGAUGGCUCCAGAGGUGAUUGAAAUGUCAGGAGUAAGCGCAGCAUCGGACAUUUGGAGUGUUGGGUGUACAGUAAUUGAACUUUUAACUUGCAUACCACCUUAUUAUGAGCUGCAACCGAUGCCAGCUCUUUACCGUAUCGUUCAGGAUCCACGGCCUCCAUUGCCUGAGCAUGUGUCCGACGCAAUCACGGAUUUUCUUCUUCAAUGCUUUCAGAAGGAUGCAAAGUUGCGGCCAGACGCGAAGACCCUGUUAAACCAUCCUUGGCUCCGCAACUCCAGGCGGAAUCUUCAAAGCACACUGGAUAGCAAUAUUCCAGAGGUUGUAUCGACUGUCGUGGAAAGGACAAUCGAGGAGCAGAAUCAGCAGAACGCUCCUGGUGAGCAAGAGGAAUCCCUUAUAAUGAGGGAUCCCUUUGAAUCAUGCUCGGAGGAUGACUUGAAAAUCCAUUCACCGACAAUGAGCAAUGAAGCAAGUGCUGCUAGUAGUAGUCAGAGCAGUAUCAGUCGUCGGGCUCUAAUACGAAUACCUCGUCAUGCCGUCUCACAUCUUCAAAGAUUGUCGGGUAGUCAGAACUCUCGUCAACCUGAACCCACUGGGAAUGACCUAAACAAACAGUGCAAGCUGGACCCAAUCACAAACUUGCACCCAGCUGGGGGGCAUGUUCUAGCUCAAGUUGAGUCUCCUGAUUCUGUAACUUCGAGACCAGAAAUUAGGAGUGCGCUGGAAAUGAAUGGCAAAGCAGGACUGGCUGGUGAGCCGUUGCAUGAUGAUAUGGGUAGGCGCUGGGUUGACAACGAACCCAUAUCUUUAUUAGGGAGGUUGCAUUUGAGCGGAAAUUAUAGUGACGACCAUGCGGAGGUAAAAAAUCUGAUGGAAGGCAAGAAAGAGGACAUUGAAUUGCAACUAGAACCGAAUGGAUCUCUGUUCAAUCCUGAGGGGUUGACUACUUAUUCUGGAAGUGGAGGUCAGCUUGGUGUGUAUAAGGAUCUCUCCUUGGAUGGGCUGAUGGAAGAUUUUAUGGACGAUUCUCAUGGCGGUGAAGAAGAAGCAUCGACAUCUGCUCCAUCCAAUGCUCCUCCUCCCGGGAACUCUGUUUCUUUUGUACUAAAUAGAUCCAGAUUGAAGUCUCAGGUUUCUCAGAAGCAACUGAAAUCAGAUGUUACCAGAAAAAGUAAUCCGAACUCCUUCAAAGCACUCAUUAUUGCCGAUGAAAACGAAUUUGAUAUUGGUGAAUUGGGUUUUGAGACCAACGCUCAAGCUCGAGAGUACUUUGCCAAGCAGGCCUCAGAAUUUACUAGGUUAAUGGGGAUGGUCAAGCUCGAUGAACCAGAAGAGGCUGUGAUUCCAGUGUGCCAAAGGCUGGUUCUCAUACUUCGAGAAUUUCCAAAUCAGAAAUCACGUUUAAUGAGCCGUCAUGGUCUCAUACCUUUGAUGGACAUGCUUGAAACCAGUAACAAUAGAGUCUUGUAUGAAGUUCUGCGCGUUAUAAACCACGUCAUACAAGACCAUGUUGAGCUUCAGGAAAACGCGUGCCUUAUUGGCUUGGUGCCUGUGGUUACAAGCUUUGCAAGUACAGAACGAUCCCGCGACAUUCGGAUGGAGGUCUCUAAUUUUGUGCGACAGCUCUGUCAUACAAGUGCGACAACUUUGCAGAUGUUCAUCUCAUGUCGGGGUCUUCCUGUAUUAGUGGGAUUUCUGGAGCCAGAUUACGCUAAAUAUAGAGAAAUGGUACACAUGGCUAUUGAUGGUAUGUGGCAGGUGUUUGAUUUACAGAGCUCAACGUCCAAGAAUGACUUCUGCCGCAUUUUUGCAAAGAGUGGUGUGCUUGUUCGGUUAGUCAACACUCUUCAUAAUCUCAAUGAAGUUAUCAGAGCUGGCCUUCAAACGGGAGCUUCAAGUACCACCACAACCACAGCAGAGAAUCAUGUAUACAAUCCUACAGAUAAUGGAGCGGCAGCAGGAGCUUCAGAUGUAGAGAUGCAUAAGUUGCUGCCAGGUCAGCCUCAUAAGUCUACUGCUCUUCCAGAUUACCUCAGACAUCUUCCUGGUCAAGUGGAACUACACACUCGAGGUCAUUCAGGCCAGCUCGAUCAAGCAAAAGCUGCUGCUCUAGAUAAUUGGAGACAGCAUGCAGCAGGGACGAAUCCAUUUCUGCAGUUAGGGGAUAAUAUAUUGCUAUCAGACUAUAAUCGUUUUGGAAAAGAAGAUGAUGCGCGCUCAAACGGAGAUUCAAGUAGGCCUCUGAUACCUGCAGAGACUUCAUGGGCCGUGUUUGAACCAGUCCAUCGCAAUGGACAUGCUCCUGCCGAUCCUUCAUCCCAGGCAACCUUCUUCAGUCUCUGGGAUAAAGACUAUGGUUCUAAAUUUACCCCUGGACGCCCUGAUCAUGUGAGACAUCCCUCUGAUAGGAGUGAUAGCGCUUUGCCUCUCCUACACCAUGCUCAAAGAAGAAAUGGAAGUUUUGACUCUUAUACUACAGAUUUGGAGAGGGACAACGCAUCCGUGGAGAUGGCGGGUCUCACCUCUACAAAAACUGGCAGGAAUGCGAGGCUGUCACCUUCUCCAUCUGGAAGGCUAGAUAUUCAAGGCUUUUGGAACGCGGGUGAACCAGCAACAAAUGUUUCAGCCCUUACCUCCCAAUCGGCAUCAAGUGUGUUAUCAUCGUCGGGACAUCCAAAUGCCCGGUUUGGGAGUACGGCUUCAUCGGGUCUCCUUGCUCGCAUGCAGUCAGCACUGAGUCCUGAUGAGGCACGUGAGUACACCACGAAAGUGUCGGACUUACUUGUGGAGUUUUCAGCGGGAGACGCUGUUGUGAAGUCUUUUAUGUGCGGUCUUAGCCUUUUAAUCCGACUGUUUCAGAUGCUGAAUAAGUUGGAGGCCCCUAUUCUUGUCAAGAUAUUAAGGUGUAUAAACCAACUUUCAACAGAGCCCAACACACUGGAGGCUUUGCAACGAGCAGAUGCUAUCAAGCAUCUCGUGCCUUUCCUUGAACAUCGAGAUGGGUUGUAUGCGGACAUCAUCCAAAAUGAGGUAUUGAGCUCUUUACACAACUUGUGCAAAAUCAAUAAACGUCGGCAAGAGCAAGCUGCGGAAAGUGGGAUUAUCCCUCAUUUGAUGCAUUUCAUAUUGUCUGAUUCUCCUCUAAAGCAUUAUGCCUUACCAUUACUGUGUGAUAUGGCACAUGCAUCUCGCUACACCAGGGAGCAACUUAGAGCCUACAAGGGACUUGACAUCUACCUGAAUUUACUAGAUGAUAAGGAUUGGGCCGUGACUGCAAUAGAUUCACUUGCUGUGUGUCUAGCUCACGACAAUGAGCAGCGCAAGGUCGAAUCUUUGCUGUUAAAGCAGGAAUCUAUAUUGAAGUUGGUGGAGUUCUUCCGAUCGUGUGGUGGAAACUCUUUCGUGCAAAUCCUUGAGCCGUUUCUUAAAAUGAUAACCAAAUCGGUCCGCUUGAAUACAGCCUUAGCAGUUUCAGGUUUGACGCCUUUGAUUGUUGGGCGCCUUGAUCACAAAGAAGCAAUUGCACGUCUACUACUACUCAAAAUGAUUAAGGUUGUUUAUGAGCAUCACCCGCGUCCAAAGCAGCUCAUAGCGGAGCACGACUUGCCAUCCAGGCUACAAAAGCUCAUCGAAGAAAGACGUGAUGGGGAGCGAACAGGUGGACAAGUGCUUGUGAAGCAAGUGGCUACAGCUCUCAUGAAAGCCCUGCAUAUCAACACGGCACGAGAAGAAGUUCUGUGCUGAGCCCUUUCACAUUAGUAAUAUUGGCAAGUGAGGUCUCGGAGCCUACUGGAUUAGGCAAGAAGUGAAGGAUGAGAAUCCGGUUCUCAGCGGUUGUCUUAUGAUAGACGGGACUUGAUUUUUUUCGUCCUAUUUUAGGCUUUAGCAUGCCAUGUUACACCCUCGGGUUCAUUCAACAUGUACAAACAGACAAACCCUACACAUUAUCAGGUCAUACUUGGUAGUAUCUCAGCUACUCAGCACCUCAUCAAGGUUUUGUAAUAGUAGACUCAUUCUACAGAGACUUUCCGUUGUAGUAUAAAUAUGUAACACACCCUUUGUAGCAUAGUUAUCGUUCCAUGGGGUCACUACCAGCUGAAGACAGAUUCUUGAAGGAGUGAGGUAUAUGACCUUCAAUACUCUUGCUUUGUUUGAUUUAAAUCUUUGAUCCUGUUUCUUGUAGUGUUUUCUCACUUAAUUACAGUUCCAGGCAGGGAACUUUGUUAAAAUGUUCCAUCUUCGUUUGAAACUAGAUUUCCGAAGGUGUUAGUUUCUAUAGACAGCAAGGUGAUUGUUCUGUUCAUUUUUCAAACCAAUCGACAGUGCAUGUCCCUAA